UUUGUUUCGGCACGCAACAAGUGUGUUGCUGUCUUGUUGCUGCUGUCGUGCGUUGUGUGAACGUGUGCUUGUGUCUUGACGGUGUGGAAAACGAAUAGUUGAAACAGUAUGAAUCCUUCCGAAUGGUUUAGCGAAAUUUCUAAAGAACUUUGGCCGGGCCAGUGCUUCUCGGUGAAGAUAAAGAGUGUGCUGCAUGAGGAACGGUCCAAGUAUCAGGAUAUCAAGAUCAUACAAAGCGAAUCGCACGGUGUUGUUCUAAUUCUGGACGGUAUUAUACAGUGUACGGAACGGGACGAGUUCGCUUAUCAGGAAACGAUUUCCUUCCUGCCGCUCUGCUGCCAUCCCAAUCCACAGCGCGUGUUGAUCGUCGGCGGUGGCGAUGGUGGCGUGGCGCGAGAAGUCGUAAAGCAUCCCUCCGUGCUGGAAGUGCACCAGGUCGAGAUCGACGAACGGGUGGUCGAACUGUCCAAACAGUAUCUGCCCUUUAUGGCGUGUGGGUUUGAAUCGCCCAAGCUACGGCUAACGAUUGGCGAUGGGUUCGAGUACAUGAAGCAGCACGAAGGUGCAUUUGAUGUUAUCAUUACGGACAGCAGCGAUCCGAUCGGACCGGCCGAGUCACUGUUUCGCGAGUCGUACUUCGAGCUGGUAAAGCGUGCCCUGAAACCGAACGGUAUUAUCUGCUCGCAGGGUGGCAGCUUCUGGCUAGAUGCCGGACAUGUCCGCGAAACACUCGACUACUGCCGGAAACACUUCCCGCGCGUUACGUACGGGUUGGCAGCCGUUCCAUCCUAUCCCACUGGUCAAAUCGGUUUCUUCAUUGCGAGCCUCAAUCCGGAAACCGAUUUCAGGGAACCGUCCCGUACGUUUGCCGAUACAGAAAUCGAUCAGAUGGGAUUGCGGUACUACACGACCGACGUACACAGGGCGGCUUUCACAUUGCCAAGGUUUGCCGCAAAGGCUCUUAAUCCGUAGGAUUGUUUCCAUCUCUCUUUGUUUUAGCCCGCGAGCUUUGAAGAUAAAUCGUUUUAUAACGCAAUUAAUGUAACUUUUUUAAAAUGGUGAACAGAUCUAAAGAAAGAAUUUGCAUUUUAAAUGAACGAUCAUACCUAUAUCCGCAUCGAUGAGGGUGUGCCAUUUUGUUUCAAUAAAUGUUAAAUAAUGUAAUGUUUUCUUUUUAAAUAUAAAA